UCGAUGGGAGUUUAGAAUGAUGGAGGACGAGUGAGGCUCCGCAGGAUUUAAUCUGAGAGGACGUUUGUCUCUGAGCUGCCGCGGGAUUUAUCUUUUUUUUAAAAUUUUUCCUGUGAUUUUAAAAGAGCUGCUCACGCUUUGUCUUUUCCUAUGUGACUGGGCUGCCAGCAUGGGGACACUGCUGCUAUUUGCUGUCCUGCAACUGGUCACACUGGGUCUGGUGACCGCAGGCUGCCCGGUGGUUUGCGAGUGUCCGGCGGGGCCCCCAUCCUGUCCCCCAGGGGUCAGCUCGGUCCCGGACGGCUGCGGCUGCUGCAAGGUGUGCGCCGCCCAGCUCAACCAGGAUUGCCACGAAGGACGGCCCUGCGACCACCACAAGGGCCUGGAGUGCAACUAUGGCAAUGAUGUAGGCCGCACCCAUGGCAUCUGCAGGGCAAAGGCCGAGGGCCGCUCCUGCGAAUACAACGGGCGGAUUUAUCAAAACGGCGAGAAUUUCCGCGCCGGCUGCAAACACCAGUGCACCUGCAUCGACGGAGCAGUGGGCUGUGUGCCCCUUUGCCCCAGCCACGUGCCCCUGGCGUCCCCCUCCUGUCCUGCCCCUCAGCUGGUCAAGGUGCCAGGCCAGUGCUGCCUCAGCAUCGACUGCCACAAGGGAACCGCCGUCGUGCCCCCAGCACACAGGCGACCCCAACCUCCGGUCUACCCGCCUUACCCCUUCAUCCCCUACCCGGCCUACCCCUUCCCCAAGCCGUAUCCCAAACCCUACCGGAAGCUGUACCCCUACAAACCCAAGAAGGAGAAGGACACCAUGGGCAACGAGCUGGUGGAGUUGGGGCGCAAGUGGGACAAGCCACGUGGAAACAAGCACCUGGCGGCGUGGCGGCAGAUGGGCGACCAGUGUGUGGUUCAGACGACUUCCUGGUCCCAGUGUUCCCGGAGCUGUGGGAUGGGCGUUUCCUCUCGCGUUACCAAUGACAAUGCCCGCUGUAAGCUGAUCAAGGAGACGCGCCUGUGCAACAUUCGGCCCUGCAGCUCCAUGUCCAUCCCCGUCAAGAAAGGACGAAAGUGCUCUCGUACCCACAAGGCCCCGGAGCCCCACCGCCUGUCCUACGCUGGCUGCAGGACCACUCGUCUGUACAGGCCCAACUACUGCGGCGUGUGCAGGGACGGCCGCUGCUGCUCGCCCCGUCGCACGCGCACUGCCAGCGUGGCCUUCACCUGCCCCGACGGCGAGCGCUUCAGCCGGUCCGUCAUGUUCAUCCAGUCCUGCAAGUGCAGCGAUGAAUGCAACCAUCUCAAUGAGGCCGCCAUGCCGCCACAGCGAUGGCUCUACGGAGACACACACAAGUUCAUCGACUAGUGGUACCAGCCCCCCCCACCCCCAACCUACAUUCCCUCACAACAACAAAAAAGACUUUGACUCCCCCAUAGAUUAGAAUAGAUGUCCUUAGUGUCUCUGAGUAGAUGUGAGAAAGGUGCAGGCGUCUGGUAGAUGAUUUGGGGAGGACUGGGGAGCAAUGGGGUGCGACUCCAACCUGGAAACGAGAAGUGACUGGCCCCUGCUUUAGUGUAGAUAAGAAGUAGUUUCUGGCCUGAACACAAUCCGUCACACUGACAAAACCUUUGGGGAAACAUGGAGGCAACCGGCUGCCAUGUUGCUGCCAUGUUGCACCAACUGUCCUCUGAACUCUGAGACUUUUGUUGGGGACGAUGGAGCUGAACACACACAAGCCUAAUUAUCGACGGAGAGCACGUCUCCGAUACUGAUCAACAGGGAUUGACGGCGCUUUGGAGCCAAAUAUAUGUAUGUAUUUAUUGUUGAUGACACAGUGGCAUGCCACCGAGGGGGGGCGGCGCUGCUAUGUUUGGGAUCUGAGAGGAACAGAACAGCUGAGAGCUGUCAGCCAUGACACGGGGAGACGAGGACUUGACCCCCGAGAGGGCAUCAGGGGUCGCAGCAGACAAACAGACCAAUCUGAUGAUGGACGACGAAGACUUCAGGAGAAGAUGUGGUACAUGGUGGCAAAAAGACAAAGAGUUGAGCCCAAUGGGUGACGGCUCCGUACGCGUUAGAGCGGAAUAUGUCAAAGGUUGUUUACUCAGCUGAACUCAUCCCCUGCCUUUCCUUCACAAGACACCGAGACAUUUAACGAGCACGAGAAGAACGAGCCGGGGAUUCUGGCGUCAACAAGUCGACCGCUUAAUUCUGUGCAAAUUACAAUCCUGCCUCCGACGGGCAGUGAGAGAAAGCCGGCCGCUCUCUGGUCUGCUAUAAAAAUAAAAUGAGAAGAACUGCAUGUUCUGAGUUAACAUGUAAUUAGUGACGAGCGGGUGGAGACGCUCUGGUGCCCGAUCUGGCCUGUAAUCCAGCAACACGGCUGAAGCACAACAAUAACGUUUGCGUCUUCGUGCUUUAAGUGGCGUCUAUUCCCGACAAACGCCGCUGACGUCACUGUCGGAGACUGAGAGGAGCUUUGAGGCCUCGGAGGUCGGGGCCCGAGCUCCCAGACGCCAAUAAGAACCUGUUUCUCAGGACGAGGAAGGAGACGGACUCUGGAUCAGUCUCACUUGUCUGAGACUUCGUAUAAUGACUGAAGAACCCAACCAUCUUCCUGAACUGGUCGUUGGGUUAAGGUUCACGCGCCUUACGACGGCCCCGACUCAACACCUCAUCGUGUCGGCCGACUUCAAGCGGAUGUGAUGCAGAGGGAACGGGAGAUCUUUUGAUUUUACUUGCAUUCAUUUUUGUAAAGUGAUUUUCAAUCAUUCAAAGUAUCAUUGUAUUACUUCUAAGACUUUUUCCCGUUGUGCCAUAAGAAAGUGGCGUUGGUGUUUUUUGCAGUUUUCUGUGCAACUGGAAGACAUUUGAGUUUUCUACCAUCUCUUGGAUAGAAUAGGCUUUUCGUAGUUCAGACGGCUGCCAGCAAUUCUUACACACGUGUUACAUUAAAAAGAUGUUUGUCAUUACUUUGUAGAUGCUGUGGUUUUGGUACCGUUUGUCUAGACUUGUUAAAGGACACUAUAGAGCAGCGAAAUAUGUACAGAUGCAUCGUUUCAGUAUUUGUAGUUUUCUGCAGUUUAAGGGCCAAUUCCUCCAAGUAGUUCAUGUGUAGUUCAGCAGUAAAUGAGGCAGGGCUCAGAUCCUACAUGAGCUUUAAGUGCCAAUUUAAAAGAGCAUGAUUGUGUGUCUGCUGGUGAACAUUCAUACCAACUGUAAUAAGGUCGUGCUUUUUAAGAUUAUAUAUUAAAGAACAGACUCACGGAGACAAAUCACAAUUCAUCAUGUUCCUCACUGAUUCUCCGCCAAAUGUUUUACACAUUUCAACAAGUUCUUCAUUUUUGAAUAAAGACAUUUUCUCUGGACUGUGUUGAAAACCUGUGGAGUCCGUAGCCAUGACGAUAUAACUGCACGUCAACUUUAUGAGGUCGUGUUCAUGAUCUUCAGUUUGAAUUUAGCCAGUCAGCCAAAUACUGAGUUGAGGCUGAUGGGAUCUUCACUAGAUUACAGGUAUUAAAUAUAACAAACAUGAACAGGAAGCUCAGUGUGAUUUGUUUUGCCACAAAGAUGUUUAAGUGGAUGAAAAACCUGGUGAAAGUUCUCAUCUUAACCAUCGAACGCCGAUUAUCAAGCUGCUAGAUUUUUUGCUCAGUUAACAGGAAUACAUACAAUUAAUGACAUUGUGUGACUGUAGUUUUGUGUUAAGUGUUUUAAUACCUAAAAACAAGAUACCAACCGAUACAUAAACAGAAAUUACUUGAUUAUACAGUGCGCUAAUGACAGUUGACUUAAAAUUUAGCAAAAUUCACCACCAUGGCUCCACUUGAUAACUUAGUUGGAGGCGUUAAAUUGAAAAGUCAGAGAGCGAGCUGCCAUGAGAGCCAUAAGUGUGUCGUCGUCCACUGUUACCUACAGGACUACUGGAUCAUUUCUAAAUCUCAUUUUGUGUUGCAAUGGGGAGAAACGACUAUAGUCUAGUUUUAACAUUGAAAGGGGGGGGGGGCUGAAAUUGCUUUUAUGUUCCUUAGAACUUCUUGAACUGCUCCAGACUAAGAUCAAUGAAAAUGUGGUAGAGACAAGAAUAGCCUCACAAGAGACCACAAUAGUAAAAAUGGCAUUUUAUAAAAAGUUUUAAUUUCAUUGAGCAUAAAACAAACAAUAAAAGACAAAUUAAAAAUAGACAGUACCCCCCCACCCCCUCCCCAAAAC